UAGAGUUUUUUGAAGGGGAAGAAAAUAGAGGGUUAGAAAAGGAGAAGGAAGGGGUAGUGACAGAUGAUAGUGUGUGUUAGUGUGGAGAGAAGGAAAAAUUUUUUUUUCACGCAAAGGAGAAAGGAAGAGAGAGUUAGAAGAAUAUAAGAAGGAUGUGACAGAUGAUAGUGUGUAUAUUAGUGUGGAGAGAAAAAAAAAUUUUUUUUCUUGUAAGGGGAAUAGGGAGAGAGAAAUGGAGAAGGAAGGGGAUCUGCAGAUGAUAGUGUGUAAGUGUUUGUGUGGAGAGAAAAAAAAUUUUUUUUAAUAAAAAAAGGAAAAAAAGGGGGAAGGAAAGGGGGGGGGGAAGUGGACGUUAUUGACUAAAAAAUAUAUUAAUUUUUAAAGGCGUUAGCGUUAUUAUAUUUUUUUUAUUGAAAAAAAAUUUUUUUUGUCGAUGUUGCUUUUAAUACCCUUUUAUUUUUAAAGUGCAAAAAUAAAGAAAGACCGCUAAUGGAUUUUAUUUAUUUAAUUUUAUUUAAUGUAUUUUAUGCUUUGGUUUCUGCUUUAUCUUUUCUUUUAAUCUCCCUCUUUGUCAUUAUUCUGAUUAUUAUUUUUGUAGGGGUUUCCAAUUGUUCGUGUUUUUAUUCCGACUUUCUGAUGAUUUUUCUGAUCAUUAUUCUGAUUUUUAUUCUGAUUGUUCUGGUUUUUAUUCUAAAUGUUCUGGUUUUUCUCAUUUUUGUUCUGAUUUUUAUUCUGAGUGUUCUGAUUUUUUGUUCUGGUUUAAUUCUGUAUGUUCUGGUUUUUAUUCUUUUUUUUCUGAUGAUUUUUCUGAUUUUUCUUCUGAUUUGUAAGCCGACUUUUUCCGAUUUUAUUCUGAAUGUUCUGGUUUUUUCUGAUUUUUAUUCUGAUUUUUUUUCUGAUUAUAUUCUGUUUUAUUUAAAAAUUACCGAAGGAGGUCCUUUAUUCUAAAAAAUCUCUUCUACGGCCCGGACUUGAACAAUUAACCCCCUCUUUUCUUAAAAUCUAAAAAUUUUCCCACUACACCACGGAGGCAUUUUUAAGUUUUGCUCUUUAAUUAAUUAAUUAAAGUGCAGACACGCGCCUUUUGGCUAUCGAAAACACAUUUUUUAAAAAGGGCAAAAUUUAAAAAUAUUUUUUUUGUAUUUUUAUUUUUCUUAAAAUUGAUUGAUGUGGGUAUUUUAUUUUAAAAAUUUUAUUUAGAUUUUUGUCUUGAUUUUUAGUGUAGUGGGAAAAGUUUGGGUUACCCUCCCAAAGAGGUUGUGUGUUCGAGUCCGGUUGGGGGAAAUAUUUUUUAUUUUUCGAGUUUUUCAAUUUUUGGGUAUUAUUUGAUUUUAGAAGGAAUGAGUUGGAUCGAUUCAAUUGAUUUUUUGGUGUAGUAGGUAUUUUAGUGUAGUGGGAAAAGUUUGGGUUACCCUCCCUAAGAGGUCGUGGGUUCGAAUCCGGUUGGGGGAAAUAUUUUUUAUUUUUCAAUUUUCGACAUUUUUGAGUAUUUCCUGUUCUUG